GUGUGUUUCGCACGUUCACGCGUUUUGAGCGCGCUAGAAAAUCCAGUGGUUUUGAGGCGAAUCCUCCCUCUUCGCGACUCGCACUCCGCUCAAGGCUCAGUCAGAGAUCUGCUGAUCUGCAGAAAAAUACACAGUGUCCACAGUUCGGUCAAGAUCCACUCCCAGCUCAGCCCGCGCGGACAGAAAGUUCGACAAAGUCUUCUCCAGAGACCUUCAGCACGAAGAUGGCAGAGUCAGGAUGCAGCUCCGUCAGAGGAAACUCUCCUGAAAGCCAAAAGAGUUCGACAGGCUUCGUACGCUAUGGGUGCUAUAUUCGCUCUCGGUGGAGUUGUGUUGAUCCAAGAAUACGGGGCUCCGAAACGCGAUGAUGAGGGCAAUCCAAUCGAGGAUGAAUAUUCGAAGUAUUCCAUCUUGCCUCAAUACCUCCUCAGAUUCUAUAAGGAAGCACUCGCUUUCAAGAAGGUCAUUGAAGAACCCUCGAGAACCAAACUUCUGCCGGAUCCCGUACCGGAGCCGUACAUACAGCCUCCGUAUACGCUAUCGCUCGAGAUCACGGGGGUUCUCGUACAUCCGGAAUGGUCGUACUAUACGGGAUGGCGUUUCAAAAAGAGACCGGCGGUAGACUUUUUCUUGCAGCAAGUCGGUCCACCGUUGUUUGAAGUUAUAGUGUAUACCAAAGAGAACGGAUACACCGCGUAUCCGAUUGUCAACAGUCUCGACCCUCAGGGCUAUGUCAUGUACAGGUUAUUCAGAGAUGCUACACGCUAUCAAGACGGACAUCACAUGAAAGACUUGCAAGCUCUCAAUAGGCCAAUCAAAAGGGUGAUUCAUGUGGAUUGGGAUGAGAAUGCAAUCAAGCUGAAUCCUCACAACUCGGUUCGUUUGCGGAAAUGGGAAGGCGAGAUGAACGAUAGGACGCUCAUGGAUCUCGCUGUUUUCCUGAAGACGAUAGCCGAAUCAGGUGUCGACGACGUCCGAGGUGUACUGGAAUACUAUUCCCAGUUCGAAGAUCCGCUGGCGAUGUUCAGAGAAAACCAACGGAAACUGGCCGAGCAGGAGAUGAUCGCACAGCAAGCUGCAAAAGAAAGAGUGACCCCGGCUUGGAGUGCGUUCAAAGCACGAGUCUAGACAUUGGCAUUUGACUCACUCAGAAAAGUAAAUCACAUGCUCACACGAAUUGUCUCCCGGGGAACUGGUUCUAGAAGCUGCUUGGGGAUGAGUGCCUAUAUAAAUGUUUAUUUGAGGAGUGGAUGCCAAUGAAAAGAUGUAGUUGAAUUCAUUAUGUACCUU